ACAAAGAAACCGUUUGCCAGGAAUGGGUUGGCCUCACAAACAGAAACUAAGAGACCAGUCAGGUAACCAGAAACCGCUCCUGCAGUCAGUGUAUGAAGCGCCUGAAGCGCGUCGCGGUGGGAGAGGCACAAAGUUUGCAGAGGAUAUCUGAAACUCAUUUCUUUUACUUUAUGUCAUAUCUGCGUUUUUUUAUGUCGCUUGGCAGCAGUUUCGAUAUAAGCGGUUUUAAACGUUGAAUUGAAGCUAUAAAUAAAAUCCUUCCAUUGCUUUUGGCGAAGCUCCUCAGGUGUUUUGUUCUUCCAGCUGAAGAUUUCGUCCACUCGACGCAGACAUUCGAUGCAAACUCCUGACCAGCAGAACUAUAUAAGUUCCGCUUUCCGUUUUCUUUGUAUAUAAACACUUCAUUACCUAUUCAGAAGGACAUACGGGCCAGUGCAUCAGGUCCAGGAUGGAACAUGAAGCAGAGAAGUACCAGCAGCGACUGAAGGCUAUAGCGGAGAAACGGCGGAUCCAGGAGGAACAGGAGCGGGCCAAGAGAGAGAUUGAGGAUGAGAGACUGAGACUUCAGCAGCUGAAGAGGAAGUCCCUCAGAGACCAGUGGCUAAUGGAAGGACCGCCUGCAUCUCCUGACAGUACGGGACCCCGAUCGCCCCUCUGGGGCCCUAAGGUUCAGGAGAUAGAGACGCACAUUAACAAAUUACAAGCAUCGUCUGAGCAGUUGGCAGAGGAAGAAUCCAAACUGAAGAAACUCAUUGAAGACGGUUCCAAUCAAACUGGCACAGACGCUCAGACACAACAUAAGGGAGAGGCCGUGGUGGAGCCAGUGGGAGCAGUUGCUGAGACGGCCCCUAACGGACCUAUCGUGGAGAACGGAAAAGAAGAAAAGAAAGAUGAUUCUGUGCAUGCUGAAAAUCACGAGGCGGAGGAAGCAGGAACGCUGAGUGAUGUUACAACAGAAACUGACACCACAACAACUUCAGCUGCUCUUAACGGAAAUGUGGAAGGAGAAACGUCACACAAUACUCCAGGAGAGGAAGAACAUGCUUCUGCUAACGGCUUCAACAGCCACCCUGCUGAAGGACUAGGUGCUGGAGGUGUAACUAUGACCUUCCUUGGAUUCAAGGAGGUGGAGCUCGGGCAGGGGGUGGAUGAGGAUGAUGACAGUGGAGCAAUUAUUAGAGCAGAAAGAAUCAUCAUCACAGACCAAGGGGAAGAAAUCCCAGAGGAGGAUGACGAAACUGCUCAAGAACCUACUAUAGAGGCUACAAAUGAAGACACAUCCGGAAACUCCGAAGAAAAUAGUCCUGAGGAAAAGACUGAGAACCAUCCGGAAGCUUCUGCUGACCCUGAGCAGGCAGAAGUGAUUGAAGAUCCUCCUGCUGAGAUAGUUACAGAUGUAGCAGUGGAAGGUCUUCAAGAUCUUGAGCAAGAGGAGAAAGAUCUUCCUGAGUCGACUGAUACCAAAUCCCAGAAUGUGACAGUAGAUGGCGCUAUUGAGGCAUCCCAUGUUCCAAUGUGUUCCACAACACAAUCAUCUCCAAAAAUCAGACCAAAAGUCGAAGCAAACAAAACAGAGUCACAAACCCCAAAAGACGAGGAGAUCACGCCUGCCAUGCGCAUCUCGCUCAGCCAAUUUCAGGAGGUUCCACUGGAUGGCGCAGGAGAAACGGUGGAGUCCAACACCAAGGCAGAAACUGAGAAACAGCGUGCUGAACAGGAGCCUCUGCUCGUCCCCAAAGCAGCGGCCCAGCUGGAUACCAGCGCCCCAAAUCGAGCAGAGGACGCAAGUGCACCAAAGCAAAAAGCCUGCCAAUGCUGUUCGAUCAUGUGAACAGUCUGUUGACGUUUGACUGUGACUCUUUUUAUUCCCCAUUCAUUUUCAUCUUGUCUGUUACUCUGAAUAUAGAGUUUGUAUUUCAAGACAUUUGUAUUUUGAUCUUUGGCUUUUCACAUCUACGGUAAACUUACUGCUUUGCAGUGGCGUCAAAGCACGAAGUGUUUAUGAUGAACUGAAGCCUUUAAGACUUGCCUUGCCUUCACUGUAUUGAAUUCCCAUAACUCUUUUCUGUGUAAGAAGAAGAUUUGAAAAGCACAAUGACUUGCAGGAAAGUACUGGAAAAGGCUUUAGUGUGAAUGUUGUUGUUGAUGUGUCACCAUUGGUUGCAUUCCCAGCCUCUGGCGUCUGAUUAUGAUCCUGUUUUUAUGUCUGGCGACCCACAGAGGCCUUGACGGUUUUAACACUACCAUAUAAAAAUAUUUUGUUUUUCUCAGUACUGUGGGAAUGAACCCACGUGGGUAAUUAAUAAUUCUCAUCCAACAAUAGUUGUGGCAUUCUCUGUUAUAAACUAUUUGUGUGCCUUGUUUAUGCAUCAAAACAGAGACAGCAAAGAGACGGAAUGGUUACCUGUGAUUUUAUACAUGCUGUAACAUCUUUUUUUUUUUUUUUUUUGCUUUAAUUGUUACAGUGCCUUCAACUGCUCGAUGGAAGUGUUUUUAGAUCUUAAAGGGAUAGUUCACCCAAAAUGGAAAAGUUAUGUUUAAUGUUGUUGCAAUGAAAGUUUUUCUUCUGCAGAACACACAAGGUAUUUUGAAUAGUGUUUCAAUUGGGUCAAAAACAACUUUUUAUGAAAAAAUAAAAUAAAAAUAAUAUAUGAAUUGCGGGGACAUUCCAUAGACAUAAUGGUUUUUAUACUUUACAAACUGUAUGUGCUAUUGCCCUACACCAACCCUACACCUAACCCUACCCCUUACAGGCAAUUUUGUGCAUUUUUGCUUUCUCAAAAAACUCAUUCUAUAUGGUUUAUAAGUGUUUUGGAAAAUGUGGACAUGGGUCAUGUCCUCAUAAGUCACCCUCUCCUUGUAAUACCUGUGUCAUACCCAUGUCAUUAUACAAAGUUGUGUCCUGAUAUGUCACAAAAACACGCACACACACACACACACACACACACACACACACACAUAUAUAUAUAUAAGCAAAAUGGAGGUGAGUAAAUGAUGACAGAUUUUUUUUUUAGGUGAACUAUCCCUUUAAUGUGACCCUAUGAAAAGUACUUGAUAUACUUUUGACCAAUAUACAGUAAACGGCAUAAACUGCUUUA